AUGGCAUCAUUUGUUCCACAUCGUCUUUCAAUAAAUAGACAACUUGUCAAUCCAUUUGCUAUUGAUCGAUCUCAACGAUUUAGCGUAUAUUUAGUUGCCGAUGGUAAUCAAUUUCAACUUGCUAAAGUACCUAAUUAUGCUCAAAAACAUGUCAUAUUUCGAAAUCAAGCUGAUCAAAUUCUUCAAGCAAUACAUUUGCCUGGAGCUUCAAUCAGUAAUCAACCUAUUUUUCUUUCAUUUGAAACAAAUGAAGAUUCUUUCAAACUAUCGAAUCUUUCACCAAUAAAUACUCUUCGACAACAACAAACUCCCAUUACUUUUAUCACACAACAGCUGCAUGAAAAUUCUUUACAAUCAGUUACUACUAUUCAUGCAAGUUCAUCGUUUGAUAUGCAACGAGAUAACUCAACAACGAUAAGAACACAACAAUCAACAGGUAAAACACAAUUACCUUCAACAUCAAUUUAUCAUGGAUAUACUUUACCAAAACAUGAUAGUGGUACAUCACCAAUGCAUAAUGUUAAUGAUUCAUCAUUAGAUGAUAUCUCUAGUUUAGAUUAUUCAACAGCAGAAGAAGCAGACGAUCAUCCUUCUUUUUCGCAAACAUCUAAUCAUAAUUAUCAAAGAUUCAACAGCUUAUCAAUCAAGAAACGUCAACGAUCAAGAUCGUGUGAACAUCAGUCAUUUAUGAAUAAACGAAUUAAAAGUGGUUCACCGAUUCAAGACACAGAAUUAGCAACAACAAUGACAUCAUUUAAUAAUUUACAUUCAUAUAAAAAUGAUUGUUCUUUAUCGAUUUAUUUAAAUCAACGAAUUCCAUCAUCAACAUUUGAAGGUUUUCCUCGGCAUAUUUCUUUAUUAGCUGAUACAGAUAAAAACCAAAGAAGAAUUACUUCAACAUCAUCUCCUAGAACAAGUACUCCUCGUCCAUUAAUUAUUACGUCAGCCACAACAACAGUACCUAAUGUUGUACGAUCAUCAAUUUUUUCUUCAAUCAAAUCUUUUAAUCAAAAACCAAAUAGUGAUGCUAUUGUUCAUAAUGAAGAUCACUUUGUUAAAUGUGGAAAUUGCCAAACAUUUCCAAAUGAUCAUAUUGAUGAUAAUUUGAAAAAAGUCGAUAUUUCAAAUGAAGAGGAAGAAGAAGAAAAUGAUAGUUUACUCAUUGAUCCAAAUGAAUGGACAAUUUUUCAAGUUGGAAAAUUUAUUGGACAUUUAACAAAUCAUACAAUCGCUCAAGUUUUUUUAAAAAGUGAAAUUGAUGGAGAAGCUCUACUAUUAUUAACAAAAAAUGAUCUAUUGUAUGAUAUGAAAAUUAAAUUAGGCCCAACAAUAAACAUAUUGAAUAAAAUUAAAAAUUUACGUAAACGCACAAAAACAUUUUCUUAA